AUGCAUGUCCUUCCUCGUCAAUCCCCCACCGACGAGACCAUGAAGACAUUACAGCGGAGGUUGCAAACUUGCACGUGCGACAUCGCCAACAACGAAACUAUUCGCUUCGUACAUCUCUCAGCAGACGCUCCCUUCCCAGGUUUAAAUACCCUCUUCCUCGAUAUUGCUAUGCUCGUGACUCUCGCCUUGCAGCCUGCAAAGAGAGACGGUAAUCUUCGCAAGGUCGAGUCGAACGAACGGAAGGCGAUCGAGAAGGGCUUGCAGGCACCCCCUUGGCCCGCUGAACCUCGCAAUAUUUUCCCGUUGGGGCCGGAACGCACCAUUCGAGCACUAGAGCAAUGGAUCAUACGCUACUCAUUCCCUCAAGUGCUCGGACUUCUCGGGUCUUACCUUGAGAUUUCAAAAUACGUCUUUUUGCCUCACUUCAUUGCCUCACCCUUUUUCCCCGGCUUCUUCAUUGCCUCCACGAGGAAGGUUCUCUUCCCGAUGUGGCAACACGCCAAGGACUACGACAGGCCACGCUGCGCUGAAAGUCUCGCCAUGCUCAAAAGCGCAACACUCAUACCUUUGAUGUUGGUCAACCUCUGCACCAAGGACCAACUCGUACAGUUUAUUCAACAAGCCGAAGCUCAAGAGGGCUCAGUAAUCGACUUCUGCGGUUUCGUUCUCGACUGGCUCCCCGAACUGUACUUGUCCAUCUCGCCACACUCAUCGUACGACGUCUACAUAGAAGGCCGAGGCCACACGAUAGAGUCCGACGUCAACUACAUCUCGACUUAUUUCGUCUUGUUUGGCGCAUGCAUUCACUCUCGAUUGGGCCUGCCUGGCGAUGCAUCAAGAUACAAUUGGCGGAUCCUAGAAUUUUCGAAGCAGAUAAAGGAGGCGGAGAGUGAUCCCAAGUGUCUAUGGUGCGGUUCACUUAGUCACCACCAAAAAUAUACAACUGCCAAAUUGGUCGGUCCAAAAUCGAAAAUCUAA